CAGUACGUCAUCAACUUAGUCAAUGCCAUGCUAGUGAUUUACUCAUGGAUUAAUUUAAUCGAGAAAUUGCAUAUUUACUCAACAUUACAUUAUAGGAAAAACGAAGGAUUUUUUUAAAGGAUGUUUGAGUGGAUGCUAAAAUUCCUAUGAACUAUGGCAUAAGGUAAUUCUUAGGAAUAAUUCAUAUAUGAUUUAAUCCUAUGAAUCAAAUAACACAUCUAGGAAAAAUUCCUAAGGAUUCUAAUCCUCUAAAAUUCCUAUAACAAUCCUUUGGAUUCAGUAUAGCCUUGUCUCCCCCCUCUCUCUCUCCCUCUCACCUAAUCUUUUUCUUAUUUUAGUAUUUGUUAGAUCCACUUUUGCUCAUUUAUAUUAAGUCUCUUUUAUAGAAGACUACAAAAUAAGCACAUCAUAGCAAAAUUCAUCGAAGCAGACUGAGCCUUCGGAUAAAGACAGGGUUUGCUGGAUAGAUAGUGGGUGGGCCCACAAGGCAUCCAAUUUUUCACGCCGUAUCAUGCUCUCGUUCUCACCCGCUUUGCUCCAGUCGGUUCGACCUCACUACAUGGCCGACCAUUCGAGAGAACUCUCGCAUUGCUUCUGGUAGUGUCAGCCACAAUGUUUCACAAUAUAAGAGAAAUUGGGCCCCGUUGAUGCAGGCCCUCCUUUGUCUAAAAGUAGUUACCAACAUUGUCACUGACAAUCAUGUUAGCAAUGUCAGCGUAAUUUUAAUCAUAACGCUACAUUAUUUCGAUGUUAAUUUUUUGCAGGAUUUUAUGUUAAUUUUGUAGAGACGUGAUUAAGUUUUCACUGCCAGCACAAGAACAACCUGAACUUAAUGGUGCCCUCUCCAGGAACCUCCAAACGCAUACAAGAGGUCCAGGAAAUGGCGAUGUCCAUGUAGGUCCAGGCUAUUUGAUGAAAAUGUUGGAGCAGUUGUGCGGCGCGGCUCCUGCAGAACACGGUGACUCGAAGCACCAGCAACCCAUCAUGUACAUUAUCCCCGAGGAACUUAAAAACUCGGAUCAUAACCCCAGCGGAGAAUAUGAGCCGGUUGCUGUUCGUCUGGGAGGGCCCAAGAUUUAUCGUCGGUGGGCAAUUCAGGAGAGGGAAAGCUUGCUGAAGAUGGAAGGGUACAAAUGGAGCUGUGUGCGGCAGCUCAUCACCCGGCACAAGAGCCUCCUGGAGCCUGCCAGGACUCUGGUGCUGCUGGACGGAUGUUUCACGAGCAUGAAAUGCCUCAUGCCUCGAAUUCGGGCUUCCUACUCUCAACCCAACCUCCAGGAAAAUAAGGUGGCCGAGAUGAUGCUGCUGGACGGCUGCUUCAUCCUACACCGCUUGCUCAAAUACGUGCGCCUUGCGAAAAUGGAAGAAGCUGGUGGCGGCGGCGAUCAGUUUGACGAGGAGGAGGAGGAGGAGGAGGAGGAGGACUGGACUCAGGUCUACGGCAGGUGCUUUGUGUGGCAGUUCGUGACGCGCGACCUGCUGCUGCUGGAGAACCAGAUCCCGUUCUUCGUGGUCCGGGAGCUCUUUCAGCAGCUGAGGAACGAGGACGAGCCCGAAGAGCUCCUCGUGAACGGCAGCCUGAGGCUCUUCCGGCCUCUUCGUCCCCAGAUGCUGCACCGCUCACCCAUUGCUUGCGAUGACGUGCACCACCUGCUGGCUGCUGCACCUCUUCUACCUCUCCGUCACCUUACCGCCGACGAGUGAGCGCCAGCAGCAUUCUCGCCGCCGCCGCCGAAGCGACGAGCUGCUGUCGGAGCUCCCGCAGUGGAUCCCGUGCGCUAAGGAGCUGGAGGAGUCAGGGGUCCGGUUCCGGAAGAGAAAGGACGCCACGAGCUUCAUGGACGUGAGGUUCGCCCGGGGCGUCCUGGAGAUCCCGCAGCUGGAGCUCAACGACUCGAGCGAGUCGCUGUUCCGGAACCUGAUCGCGUUCGAGCAGACAUACCCGGACACCCCGCGGGACGUCUCCACCUACGCCGUCUUCAUGGACUGCCGCAUCACCUCGGCGGAGGACAUGAGGAUCCUGGACCUGCACGGCGUCCUCGUCAGCCAUCUCAACAGCAGAAGGGUCGCGUGGCGAUUCUUCAGCGACGUCGUCGGGCAGGUGCACUGGUCGGCCGACAACUACCUGCUCGGCCUGAUGGACGACGUGAACAGGUACAGGAACCUCAGGCGCCACAAGUGGCGCGCGGCGCUUGUGCGCAACUACUUCAGCAAUCCCUGGGUGACCAUGUCGGUGCUUGCGGCCCUGCUCCUGCUAGCCUUUUCCGUGCUGCAGACAUUCUUCGCUGUCUAUGCCUACUUCAAGCCUCCCAAGUAAUUAAGUGCGUGGGAAUAUAUAGUUAUAUACCAUGGAUCGGAGAUGUUAAUUUGCUUCGUCUGCUCUUAGUUUGGUCAUGUAGG